GCCACGUGGCCGAUAAGGCAAGGCGUAUGGCUGCCAUACACUCAUUUUCUUCUGAGCCACACAUUCUCCCGAUUUAGCCUCUCUUUUCUCCAUCUCUCCCACCCUCACAUCCACCACUACUUCAACUCCAAUCCAAUCCACACUUCGACUCUCAGGAUAGAAAUGGCGGCCACAACAUUGUCUGCGGCUUUAGUUCCAGUGGCAGGGCCUGCACAAGGGUGGAGCACUCUGAGCCAGAGCAAGCCAAUUGGGUCUCUGCCAUUGAUGAACACAGGCGCUCUAAUGAAGCAAUGGAAGAUGGGUCUCAAGGCUAAGAGGUCUGUGAAGGCGGCAUAUAAAGUUAAGCUCGUUACACCUGAUGGGGAGACUGAAAUUGAGUGCCCAGAUGAUCAAUAUAUUCUGGAUGCGGCUGAGGAUGCGGGUAUUGAUCUGCCUUACUCUUGCCGUUCUGGGUCGUGCUCUUCUUGUGCUGCGAAGGUGAUUGAGGGGGAAAUAGAGAUGGAGGAUCAGAGCUUCUUGGAUGAUGACCAGAUUGGGAGUGGCUUCAUUUUGACCUGCGUCGCCUAUGCAAAAUCUGAUAUUUCAAUUCAGACCCACCAGGAGGAGGCUAUUGUAUGAGGAAGAAUGGGUUCUACUGUGUUUUUUGUUUGAGCAAUUUAGUGGUUUUUUGGUUUUGUUUCUUGGAUCUCAUGAAUACAAGCAUUUCUUGUUGCCUGCCUGCUUUGAUCAUCAAUAUAUUGGCUCUGAAGGGCUUUUCUUGA